GUAUGCGCCCAAACAGCUGUAGCUCAUCAGCGCCAACCAAUACGGUUCUUCUCCAACCAGGUAAAACAUAGACAGAUGGCUGGAGUGGGCGAAUAUGAGAAACAGCAACACGACUCCUCUCCAGCAUUGUGCUAUCCGACAUGUCGUGUCAUUGGAGAAUCCAAUGGUUUUAAUCAGGGGUGAUCCAAUGUUUAGGAUUAGGCACCUUGGUCUCACCAACUUGACCUGUGGUCUAACAACAUGGGUGAAAGAGGAGGCUUCCGGAGAGCACCCUUCAACCCCAAUAACCGCGCUCAAACUGCGCGUAGACCAGCUGACCCCACACUGCGUUAAUAUUUAACAGGCGGGCGGUCCGGAGCCAUGGCGGACUUUCCGGCCAAGGUGAGCACGGAGACGAGCUCCCCCCCGCCCCAGGGCGGCGGGGACCGCAUCCAGGCGAUGGCGUCCCGGUACGUCACCAUGGACAUGGACUUCCUCAGGACCAUCCCAGCCGGCCUGAUGCUGGUGGAAAUUGUGUUGGGGCUGCUGGUGUGGGCCCUGAUUGCAGCCAGUGGCUAUGCCAACGUCCCGGCCUACGGCUGGGUGAUGUUCGUCAGCGUGAUCUUCUGGCUUCUCACCCUCUUCCUCUUCUUCGUACUCUUCUUCGGGGUUCGGAACAAGUUGGGCUUUCUGCCCUGGCCUCUGAUGCUGCUGGUCUUCAAUGCAACAGCAACGAUCCUCUACCUCUCAGCUUUCCUUGCCAAUGCCGCAUCUGUGUACAACAGCCACCAGGGGGCAGCAGCGUUCUUUGUCAUUGUGGUGACGUUGGCCUACGGCGCCAGCACCUUCUUUGCCUUCUUAUCUUGGAGGGGAGACGGGAGCAACGCCGCCAGCAGCACUGUCCCAGCAUAGGCACACCAGACACCCCCACCCCCACAAACGGACCAGCCACACCCCUCCUUCACCUCACAGUCCCGUCCCAAAUACCUACCUGUACCCCCCGCCCACCCUCAUGGACUCGUACGUGAAACAACCCGGGCGAAGAACUCCAGACGGAAUGAAGACGAGACAGUAAAGCGAAGACCCUUUUUGUUUAAAUGGCACGCGUCACUCCGGAAGUGUCACCAUGACCACAGAGGCGGGUCCGCUUGGGGACUGGAGACGGCUGUAGCCUGUCUAUUCGGGGGGGACUUGCUAAUUAGCACUCUUCCUCAGCCAGGUGGUAGAGCUAAUUAGUGAAAUCAACUGGCUGAGCUCAUGGGUGGAAGAAACACAUGGCAGGACUUUUACUUACUGACCCCUGGACUUUCCACCUCCACAACAGACACAGACACAGACACAGAGACACACACACACACACACACACACAACCAGUCAUGCACUACACAGACACUCUCUAACACACUACAGACACAUACACCAAACUAUGCAUACAUGACACAGACACCGCCUUGCGCUGACACACGCAUUUUUAAAGCCUGUUCAGAGCUGUGACAGAGUGUGAUUAUCUUCGCUGCGUAUGUGAGAAAAAGCUGAUGUUUUUGUAUUACUCAUUUUCAAAGACCGUAAAGCAAACUCAGCAACAACACUGUUGCUGGCAUUGUCCUUUAAUGUCUGUAUUAUUUAUAAACGGCAGUGUGACAAAGACUCGUUGGACUCUUUAUUCCAAAUAAAUCCAUAUUUACAGAAGACACUGGCAGAAAACAAAACAAGGCCAGGUCAAAUACACCGACAAUUAAAUACAGAAAAUAUUUAUAAAAUUGGAUAAAAUUGUAGAUCUCUCAUUACAGAGUCCCAUCGCAUAACGUACAACACCUAGGGAUGGGACAACACAGAAGCGGAUGUGAAUUU